AUGGACUUGUCCUUGCUUCCUACUCCAGUGAGUGCGCACAACAGUCAGAGGGCAGGAGCACGCUUCACUGUACGACCAGCCAACUCUCCCUCUUACAGUUUUACUCGCAGGCUAGGUGUUAGAAAACCCAGGGAUUUUUCAGUGGAGGAGAGGGAGAGCGCGGAGGAAGCUGGAGAAAGAGAGACAUAUAGGAAAAAUAUUUGCACAAAUGGUGCAAACAAGAAGGAUGACACAGUCAUUGGAUAUCAAACCAGGACAGACACCAGUGACAAAGGUCAGUGUGAGUCCUUGGUGAAGGAAACAUCAGGCUACAAACUGCCUACCAUGCUGUACCAGAAUGGCACUGCAGACAAAAACAUCAUAGACUUUGGCGUUGACAGAAGUCAUAACCCUGCAUCUGAAAGUCAGGGAAAGACAGAGUGGAGAGGGUAUGACCUGGCAAGUAGAAGUAAGAGUUUAGAUUGGAGGACAAGGCCAAGAAGCCCUGACGGACCACCUGACAUGUCAUGCAAACAAGGAGGGGACAUCAGUAAACAGGGCAGGAUAGUGAGUUAUAUGACCCAGACUUCGGACAGGGUCAGGAGGGAUAAUUCACUCCCUUCCAGGCUGAGGCCACAGUCUGGUCCUGGCUCUGGUUUCAAAGAGACAGCUUCAUCUCUGCCCAAAGGAGGCCAGAGUAUAUCAGAGCGGAUAGAGAAACUCUAUGGGUCUGCUGGUUUUAGUCAAACAGAGGAUUACAGCAAAAUUAGGGACUUCUCAACCUCUGUGAGAGACUGGUGUGAAAGGGAGGGACAAGCCUCAAUGUCCCAUUGCAAAGGAUCAACCCCAGAUUUCCACAUUUUAUCACAGCAGAGGUCAUAUGAGAAGGCAGCAGGAGGCACUUUCCCAAGGCGUUUCUCCUCAGUCGAGAAAAGCAGCACAAGUCCAGCGGAAAACAGGACAUCAUUCACCUGUACGACUCAAAAAGAGACCGCAGGUUUUGACCAUUCACUUUCUCCAAGGACAAGCAGGAACAAGGAGAGUACACAAGAAGGACAGCGGCAAGACCAGAUCCACGGCAGGUAUUCAGAGGAAGGCGGAGUUAACUGGAGUAGAGGGUUAGUGGAGACAGGCACAAUGUCUCUGGAUAGAGCCAGGAGCAGGUGCACUGUAGCAUCUCAGAUUAGAUCGAUGAGGGCUGCAGGAGGAAUUACUGCUCCUCCACAGUCAAACACUUCCUCAGAAGAAACUUCUUUUGGAGGUCCAUCUGAAAUCAGAAAGAGAAGAGCAAGUGGAAGUAAGAAUCUGGAAAGAGCAAACCAUGGAGAGGUAAAGGGUGAGACACUGAGAGAAAGAACUAGGGUAGAGGGUGGAGUAUUGAAGAGUAGUAAUGCUGAUGAAGAUGAUGAGGUGUUUGAUUCAAACCCACAGAGAAUCAGAAUGAAAACAGUGGAAAGGAAUACAUUUCCAGAGAAGCCAGCAGCCAGUGUGAGAAAUAAAAUAAAUCAAUUUGAGGCUCUGACACAGAGAUCCCAGGGCAUAGCAGCAGACAGGGCCCUGAUGACCAGACGGACCUUUUCUGUGCCUAUGCAACCCAGCAGGGGCCAAGAUGGAGUGAAGAAGAGUGCGUCAGCAAAAGCAAUAGGUGGACUGAAGAACAAGUGGGUGGGAUUAAGAGAGGGAGGGGAAAAAGCUGACGAGAAAGUGACAGGAAUAGGAAAGAAGCUCGGGUCAGAGAGGUCUUUAUCGGUAGAUGAGGUUGGACUAAGAUUAGGGAAUAAAGAGAAUGGAGGGAAUCAUUUGGCAGAGACGGAAGGAAAAAGUUCAGACAGUGGUAAUAACUGGACUAAUGAUUUUGGUAAAUAUUCAGAACUCAAGCAUACAUUAGAAAUCCCCUUAAAUGAAGGAGCUCAGCAACGUUGCAGAAACCUUUAUGUAGACGAAUCUGAUUUCUCCAAAGUCUCCAGCCCUGAGGAAAUGCGUAAUAAGGACAUGACGGACAACAAUGCAGCACCUGGGCUACUGUCUAACUCCAAAACGACACCCAGUGGGAUUACUCCACCUGUUAGUGAUGAUGACAAGACUCCAACAAACAACCCAAACCACUCGCCCUUUCUUUCACCACAAAAUGCCACUCCCAAUUCAGAGACUGAAAAUAAAAGUACUUCACUCCUCACACAAGCAACUAAAACUCACCCUGAAACAGACUCCACACCUCUCCUACGUCCCCCCACCACUUCCUCCCACAACAACCCCCAUGAUGUCAUCUCUCCAGAUGCCAGCACAGCCUAUCCAAAAGGGAAGAAACAGGUAUUUGACCUGGAUGCUUGGCUAGCUGGCUUAAACUCAAAGAUUAAGGUCUGGAAUGAUGACGAGGAUGAUUAUGAAGAUGAUGAUGAAAGUACGCAGAAGGAUGAAGAUUCAAACUAUGAUUCAGACUCCGGGGAGUCCUCGGUGACUGUCACCAGUAACAUGAGCCAGUCAGAUCGCAGGAGCUUCUGUGUCAGUCUUUCAGACCUGUGUAACUUUGCUGGAGUUGACUAUGAGUCAGAGAAUGACAGCGAUGAGGGGCAGUCAACAUACCAGCGGACUGCCUCGCUGAGCUCAGACGUGUCUGCACUGUCUUGUGUGUCUAUAAUGCCCAGUGAGGAGCUCGACAGGCUGCUGGAGGACGUCAGAGGUCUGGGAGACAACACCCUGCAGGACUAUAAUGACGUGCAGGUGGUGGUCCUCCAUAAGGAGGUGGGAGUGGGACUGGGCUUCAGUGUGGCAGGAGGCGUGGACCAGAACAAGCCAGUCACUGUCCACAAGGUGUUUCACUCAGGUGUGGCAGCGCAGGAAGGCUCCAUAAGCGAAGGGGACCAGGUCUUGUCGAUCAAUGGCACAGCGUUGUGUGAUUUCGCUCAUUGGGAGGCCCUGAGGGCCCUGAGACGAGCAAAAACUCGUGAGAUGGGGGUGGUGGUCUUGAGGAAGGGAGGUGUAAGCAACAUCUCAAAGGGGGAGGCACAGAUAAAUAAUCAGGGUCUAACACAGACUCAGAUCAGUGAGACAGUUCAGCGUGUGUGUGUACAUCUGGUGAAGAACAGCAGGGAUCUUGGCUUCAGCCUAGAGGGAGGUGUAGGUUCUCGUCUUGGGAACAGACCUCUCUCCAUACAGAAGAUCUUCCAGGGAGGUCCAUUUGAUAAGGUUUUUCCUGGCGAUGAGGUGGUAGAGAUUGAUGGUAUAAACGUGGUGGGGAUGAGACGCCUGGAGGCCUGGACUCUGAUCAGACAACUUCCUCCUGGGCCUGUAGAUGUGGUAUUAUGCCGACCUAUUACACAUCUGGAAACAUGAGCAUUAUUGAAGUGCUUUGUGCACAGUGAAGUUCAGGGAAUGAUGAAAUGACAGAAAAGAAACUAAAAGCCAUCCAUGAGAGAGAGACUAACUUGCAAUUAACUGUACUAUUUGAGUAUAAUGGCAUUCACACAAUUAAUUUGUAGUUAUAGCCAUUAUAACAAAGCUCUAAAGGGAAAAAAACAUAAUCCUAGAGACCAGGUCAAAGCUGUGUAUCACUUGUGAAUUACAGAUAUUCAGCUCUCUUUAUAUAUUUUAAGGACUGGAUCUACCUCAAGAACUGAGAUAUUUCUGCACCAGCCAAAAUAAAAAUGCACUGAUGGCUCAUACAUUUGUGAAGUCUUGCAGAUAUUGUAACAGAUAGUUUUUUCACUUAAAAGCUUGUAAUGUGGCACCUGUAUAUGAAACAUGAAAAACAUUGUCAUGUUAUAAUAUAUUGUGAAAAUAUGCUAACUGCAUUUAGAGUUUGUAAUGCUUUUUAA